AUGUGGAUUCUCCAAAUUACAAUACUGCUUACACGAAAGGAUAUUUUGUCAAUGAUGGAAGAUCCAUUGAAUGGUGGAAAGGACGAGGAAGUUUCAUUGAUUACAAAUCCAGACGCAGUUCAAUGGUGGCAUUCACAAAUGAAUAAUGUAUUGGUUUUGAAUCAAACGGAUCCAAAAGAGGGAAUUGAUGGAUGGAAAUGUGAUGGCUCAGAUCCAUAUUUCUAUGAAUUGAUCUAUGCUUAUGGCAAGAAGGGUCACAUUUCAGAGAAGGAUUAUUCAUACAUGUAUUAUCAUGAUUUUUUAAAUUAUACCAGACAAGUCAGAGGUCAAGAUUCUUUGAUUGUUAACAUUCCUGUUGAUUCCAUUUUAGGAAUGGCCUUCUUUGAAUUUGUUCCAAAAGAUAUUGUCUUUAAUGGAUGGGUUGGAAACAAAUAUGCCAAUUACUUUGGUUUUACAGAAUCUGUGAAAAACAUGCUUCACUCUGCUUGGAACAAAUAUUUGGGAUUUACCUAA